UUGCCAUGGCAACGCGCGUACACAGGCCGGGCGGGCGCGCGGUGCGCCGGGUGUCGACUGGAGACUCCGCGGGAGCGCGGCCGGGAGGCCUCGCCCGGGAGCGGGCCCGACGCCUCCCGAGCUGGCAGGGCUCUGGGCGGAGGUCGGAGCGUGGGCUUCCUCCUCCCGCCAGGGAAAACAGAGAGGAUGAAAGCCUAUCUAAAGAGCGCAGAAGGCUUUUUUGUCCUAAAUAAAAGUACCACAAUUGGAAGGCAUGAAGAUUCAGACCUUGUUUUACAGUCUCCUGACAUCGACAACCACCAUGCACUCAUCGAAUAUAACGAGGCGGAGUGCAGCUUUGUUCUCCAGGACUUCAAUUCCCGCAACGGCACGUUUGUCAACGAGUGCCACAUUCAGAACGUGGCUGUGAAGCUCAUCCCUGGAGACAUCCUGAGAUUUGGGUCUGCAGGGCUGACCUAUGAACUGGUCGUUGAAAACCCACCUCCGGUCUCCUACCCAUGGAUGAGGGGCCCAGCACCAUGGCCAGGGCCACAGCCACCUCGUGCCACACAGCAGCCGAACCAGGCCCCCCCGCCGCCACAUAUCCCCUUCCACCAAGGCAUCCAGCCGGCACCGGUGCAAAGGAGCUGGUCCCAGGGCUUCCCCAGACCCACUGUGGUCCUGCCGGCCUCCCACCAGCGGCCUGUGAGCACCAGCAAGGAGAUGUUCUCGUUCGUGGUGGAUGACGCCCGCAAGCCCCCCGUCAUCAAGCAAGUGUGGACCAAUGCCAUGAAACUGUCGGAAAAACCACUGGCCGAGGGGAUUCCUGGGGCAGUUCCCCCCGCGGAGAUUUAUGUGGAGGAGGACUUGGCCCAGCAGGACAAGGAUGAAAUCAUUCUGCUGCUGGGAAAAGAGGUCAGCCGUCUCUCAGAUUAUGAAAUUGAAUCCAAAUACAAAGACGUCAUAAUAGCAAACCUGCAGACGGAAGUGGCUGAGCUGAGUCAGAAGCUGUCGGAGACCACCACCUCCAGGCAGAAUGAGAGGGAGAUCUCACAGAAGUGUCAGGUUCUGGAUGAAGACAUCGAUGCCAAACAGAAAGAGAUCCAGAGCUUGAAGAGCCAGAUCAGUGCCCUGCAGAAAGGGUACAGCCAGGUGCUGUGCCAGACCCUGUCGGAGCGGAACUCAGAAAUCACAUCCCUGAAGAACGAGGGUGAGAACUUAAAGAGGGACAACGCUAUCGCAUCAGGGAUGGUGUCAUCUUUGCAAAAAGACAUGUUAGCAAAGGAUGAGCAAGUUCAAGAACUAAAGGAAAAAGUCAAUCAACUAAAAAGUCAGAACAAAGACAAGGACCACCAGCUGGAAGCCCUUGGCUCUAGAUGCUCGGUGCUAAAGGAAGAGUUAAAACAGGAAGACGCUCACAGGGAGCUCAGGGAAACCCAGGAGAAAGAGUUAAAACUCUGCAAAACUCAAAUCCAAGACAUGGAGAAAGAAAUGAAGAAGCUCAGGGCGGAGCUGAGGAAGAGUUGUACUGAACAAAGCGUGAUCUCUAGGACUCUGAGAGAAAAGAGCAAGGUUGAAGAGAAGCUUCAGGAGGAUUCCAGAAGGAAAUUGCUUCAGCUGCAAGAAAUGGGGAACAGAGAGAGCCUCAUUAAAAUCAAUUUGGAGAGGGCAGUAGGUCAGCUGGAGCACUUCAGAAGUCAAGUCAUCAAGGCCACCUAUGGACGGGCAAAGCCGUUCCCAGACAAGCCCGUCACCGACCAACAGUUAAUAGAGAAAAUUGCCCAGGUCACUGAGGACAACAUCAAUUUUCAGCAGAAAAAGUGGACCCUACAGAAAGAAACCCAGCUGAGCAACUCCAAGCAGGAGGAGACCACCGAGAACAUCGAGAAGCUGAGGACGUCGCUGGACAGCUGCCAGGCUUGCAUGAAAAUGUCCUGUUGCACCAGUGACCUGAAGAAGGAGGUCGACCUUCUUCAGCACCUCCAGGUUAGCCCACCUGUCUCAGGGCUCCAGAAGGUGGUGCUGGACGUCCUGAGGCACGCCCUGUCCUGGCUGGAGGAGGUGGAGCAGCUCCUCCGGGACCUUGGGAUCCUGCCCUCCAGCGCUGACAAAGGGUUCUCUUUGUAUCUGAUUUAUCUUCUGGAACAUUAUAAAAAACUUAUGAGCCAGACCCAGGAACUUCAGAUCAAGUUCAACAGUUCUCAGGAAACUCAGCAGUCUUUACUGCAAGAAAAGCUGCGGGAGCAUCUGGCAGAGAAGAAGCAGCUGAACAAGGAGAGGCUAGAGCAAGAGGAGAAGCUGAAAGCCAAAAUCAGGCAACUGACGGAAGAGAAGGUGGCUUUGGAGGAGCGCAUUACGCAAGAGAGAAACAGAGCAAAAGAGACUUUGGAGGAAGAACGGAAGAGAAUGCAAGAGCUGGAGGGCCUCCUGGCCCAGCAGAAGAAGGCUUUGGCAGAAAGCAUUACCCAGGAGAAGAACAGAGUGAAGGAAGCAUUAGAGGAAGAGCAGGCAAGAGUCCAAGAGCUGGAGAAAUGCUUGGCCCACCAGAAGGAGGUUUUGGAGAGCAGCAUAGCCCAUGAAAAAAGAAAAGCAAAGGAAGCCUUGGAGUCAGAAAAGAGAAAAGUUCAGGACCUGGAGAACCACUUAACCCAACAGAAGGAGGUCUCAGAGAGCAGCAUUGCCUACGAGAAACGCAAAGCAAAGGAGGCCAUGGAGAAGGAAAAGAAAAAGGUGCAAGACCUGGAGAAUCGCUUAACCAAGCAGAAAGAGGAAUUAGAAUUAAAAGAGCAAAAAGAGGAUGUUUUAAGUAAUAAAUUAAGUGACGCAUUAGCCAUGGUUGAAGAGACUCAGAAAACAAAGGCAACUGAAAGUCUAAAAGCAGAGAGCCUCGCCUUGAAAUUAAAUGAAACAUUAGCUGAACUGGAAACUACCAAGACAAAAAUGAUCUUGAUGGAAGAGCGGCUAAUCCUGCAGCAGAAGACGGUAAGGGCCGUCCAGGAUGAGCAGGAAUCACAGAGACACGGAUUUGAAGAAGAGAUCAUGGAAUAUAAGGAGCAAAUCAAACAGCACUCCCAGACCAUUGUGAGCCUCGAAGAGAAGCUCCAGAAAGUCAGUCAGCACCAUAAAAAAAUAGAAGGCGAGAUUGCAACCUUGAAGGACAACGACCCGGCCCAAAAGGAGGAAAGGCCGCAAGACCCUCUGGUGGCUCCCACGACGGACAGCAGUGCCAAAGACAUGGCGUACGAACACCUGAUAGAUGACUUGUUGGCUGCUCAGAAGGAAAUCCUGUCUCAGCAGGAGGUCAUCAUGAAGUUAAGGAAAGACCUUACAGAAGCCCACAGCAGAAUGUCGGAUUUGAGAGGGGAGCUAAACGAGAAGCAGAAGAUGGAACUGGAACAGAACGUGGCACUGGUCCAGCAGCAAAGCAAGGAGCUGAGUGUGCUCAAGGAGAAGAUGGCCCAGAUGAGCAGUCUGGUGGAAAAGAAAGACCGGGAGCUGAAGGCCCUCAAGGAGGCACUCAGGGCUUCCCAGGAGAAACACAGACUCCAGCUGAACACAGAGAAGGAACAGAAGUCCCGGAAGAAGACCCAGACGUGUGACACCUCUGUGCAGAUAGAACCCGUCCACACCGAGGCCUUCUCCAGCAGCCAAGAGGAGCAAUCCUUCAGCGAUCUAGGGGUCAAGUGCAAAGGGUCCCGGCACGAGGAGGUCAUUCAGCGUCAGAAAAAGGCCUUAUCUGAACUUCGAGCGCGAAUUAAAGAACUAGAGAAGGCGCACGCACCAGAUCAUGAAGACCACCAGAAUGAAUCCUUUCUAGAUUUAAAGAACCUCAGAAUGAAAAGCAAUAUCCAGAAAAUACUAUUGGAUGCAAAACCAGAUUUGCCAACUCUCUCAAGAAUAGAGAUCCUAGCGCCUCAGAAUGGCCUUUGCAACGCAAGGUUCAGCUCAGCCAUGGAGAAGUCAGGGAAGAUGGAUGUGGCUGAGGCUUUAGAGCUCAGUGAAAAGCUGUACCUGGAUAUGAGCAAAACCCUUGGAAGUCUGAUGAACAUCAAGGACAUGUCCGGCCACGUGUCCAUGAAAUACCUCUCCCGCCAGGAGAGGGACAAGGUCAACCAGCUUCGACACAGGGACCUCGACCUGGUAUUUGAUAAGAUCACCCAGCUCAAGAACCAACUGGAGAGGAAAGAGGAGCUGUUGAGAGGAUACGAAAAGGACGUCGAACAGCUCAGGCGGAGCAAAGUGUCCGUUGAGAUGUACCAGUCGCAGGUGGCAAAGCUGGAGGAUGAUAUUUACAAAGAGGCCGAAGAAAAGGCCCUGCUGAAGGAGGCCCUGGAACGCAUGGAGCACCAGCUGUGCCAGGAGAAGAGGAUCAACAGGGCCAUCCGGCAGCAGAAGAUGAGGAAACUGCGCCUCAGAGAGUUAAGAGACGCCCAAGUGCACACAGUGGCUGGUAAGGAGGGCUGGGACCUGACCCCAGAUCCCUCUGACCCCGAUUCUCCUGCUCUCUGUGGGGUUGGCCCUGAGUCCCCUCCUUGUAACUGUCAGCUUUUAUGUGUGCAUGCAUGCUUGUGUGUGUGUGUGUACAUGUGUGCCAUGUGCAUGAGGGUUUGCCUAUGUGUGACACUGUGUGUGUGUGUGUGUGUAUGUGUGUGUGUGUGUGUGUGUGUGUGUUGCCUGCCUGAGCUCAGAGAGGGCCAAACCCCCAGGGAAGGGUGCCCCCUCCACCAACCAGGUGACCUCCUUGCAGAGGCCUGGCCUUCAUUCCACAAACCUUGCAGACCACAGGUUCCCUGGCUUGUAGCCCCAAAAAUGAAGUCAACGUCCUGCUCUGGACACGGCCUUUCCAGCACUCACCACUCUGAAUUAAACAUCACAGGCCCCCCUCUGCAUAUGUCAUGGGGCCGCCUCAGGCAGAGGACGGUUUCCUUUCACGCUGUGCCAUGUCAGGGAGAUCUGGGCAGCAACAGAGGCCUGAGAUGUCCUUUGAUGUGCCCACUGGAGAGCUCGCUCCUUCCCGAGGCAGCGUCCCCCAGGGCUUGGCAGGCCAGGCCCACAGCAGAGACACCAAACCACAGAAUGGGACGGCAGAGGGCCCUAAAAAGCCCAUUGUCAUGCACUGGCUGAAAAUGAAAGAAAACCUGCAGAUUUACAUAAUCAGUCCACAUGCAUUAUUCAUGGCCUCCCUAGCACACACAAUGCGCGCUGGCCAGCCGUCCACGGAGCGGGGGAGGAAGGUCCGAAGCGGCCAAGCCAAACCUGUGUCAGGUCCCCAGCUGGAGCCGGGAACUUUCAAAUUUGUGGAAUUCACAACGUCGGGAAAGAUUUGAUAAGAAGUAGAGCCACGGUCACAGCAAGGCUGAUGGUGUCAUUUAUGGAGCACUUGCUGUCAGGCGCACCCCACAGGGCACGGCCCAUCUUUACCUCAUGUCAGCCUGCAAGGAGGGCUGCUGGGCAUCUGCCCACUGAGGGGAAACUGAGGAGGUCAGAGGGCGGUGUCACCCGCCGGCUACUCCGCUACAGAAACGGGACCUCAGCGACCUCCGAUCCCGACCCUCCCAGCCCAUCCACUCAUCCACCUCAUUCCUUUCCAGGGUGCACCCCGCCUACUCCGUCACUAUUUCUCUCGGGGUUCAUCCCCAGACUCAGUUUGCAUUUAAGGUUUGUGACUAACAUGUUAUCAGAAACUCCUGUUUGUCAAGGGAAGAAAAAAGGGGGAAAAAAAUCUCUUUUUUUCUUGCUGUUCAAGAGUUUGACAACAUCACAGAAAACAGUUUUUUUUUCAGUGUUGCAAGAUUCAAAAGGGAACCUGUAUACAUCUGUCUGGGCAGCAGCUGCUUCCUAGGAGUAUAUUUUUAUUAAAUCGAAGUUAAAGGAAAGUAGAAUUCCUUUAAGUUUCACACCUAAUAUUUUCACAAGGAGUCAAUUUUUUUCCAAGUCUCCUGUAUAAAAUCUCGGCGCCCCUUCAUAAAGAUGGAACAGUCGAGUCUCUGGGAAACGAAAUUAGUCACCUUGAGUUUCAGAACUACCCGCCCCUGACACACAAACAACCACUGUAGUUUUAACACCUGAACAUCUCUUCACUGAGCAGAACUUCCCAGCGUCAAAAGUCAUCCUUCCAGCCGGGCAGGGCAGCUCACGUCUGUGAUACCAGAACUAUGGGAGGCUGAGGCAGGAGGAUCACUUGAGACCAGCCUGGGCAACAUAGCAAGACACCACCUCUAAAAAUAAAAAUAAACAAAUUAGCCAGGUGUGGCACCACACACCCGUAGUCUCAGCUACUUGGGAGGCUGAGGCAGGAGGAUCACUUGAGCCUAGUAGUUUGGGGCUGUAGUAAGCUAUGCUCACGCCAGUGCCCUCCAGCCUGGGCAACAGAGCAAGACCUCGUCUCUUUUAAAACAGAAAAAAGGGCUGGGCGCGGUGGCUCAAGCC